AGUGUGGUGACACUGCUGCUGCUGGCGGCGGUGGGAGCGGGCAUGGCUGUCGGGCCCACCAAGCAAGCCGCCCUCCGACGCUACGUCGUGCUUCCCGUCCUCGGCAUCGUCCUAAUGUACGAGUACGCUGCAUGGGUUGGCUUGCCGCGGCUGCUGCUGCUCCCGGUGUUUGGAGAGCCGCCGGCAGACACGCGGACCCAUGGGUCGCCGCACCUGCCGGAAACGGCUGCGGAGUGGAUGCGCCUGCCGCCUGCAUUGGCGGCCUGGCUGGGCCUCCAGGGCGUCGGGCCUCUGCUGCUGUGGACGCUGUUUGGAGCCCUGGCAGCGUGUUUGAUGCAGGCGAACUGUGAGCUCAGUCAACAGCAGCAGCAGAGUGCUCUGCCGCCGCCAACGCCGCCGUCAACACCACCGCCGACCGCGGCGGCGGCGACAGCGCCCCGUGGAAGACGCAACGGCGGGUUCUGGCGGCGGCGACAGCGGUGGUUCUCAUUCGGGCCAUUUACGACGUCGGAGGACGCCGGCACAAACGACCUGGAAGCCCCAUUGUUGUCGCCGCAACGGUCCGCCGCUGGUGCGGCUGAGCCUCAACGACAGCUUGGGGGCUCAGCUGGUGACGGCGGCGGCGGCGGUGGCAAGGAUGCUGCUGCUGGUAGCGACGGCGGUGACCGCGGCGUCUGCCGUACAUUCCUAUUUUCUCCCGUGGAGGCCUGGGCUCAGUCAUACUGGGGAGUUCUGGACUGGGCACGAUAUCACAUGGUUCUCCACUCCGCCGACAUGCUCCUCAUCGCCCUCGUGGCGCUCGUUGCCGUACAACGCGACCUGCUUCGUGCCGGCUACCUGGCGCACUGCUUGCUGCUCUUCCGCCGGCGGAACGAGUUGGCACGACCGUACGGCGGCGGCGGCGGAGGAAGGGCGGG